AUGCAAAAGUCAGCAGAAAGAGUUUACGCCAAAAGACGAGACUGCCAUUUACCACAUGGUCAGCGUCAGGCUCGUUUUACGCUUCAUGUCACCUUCGCUUCAAGUGCUCAAAGACCAGAGGUGAACGGUAUUGAAGAAGGCAACGGAGCAACUCUCUUGGAGUCGGACUCGAAUUACCUGGCUUGCAAUACAUUUUCACCGGUACAUGAAAACGAGGAUGGUGCCAACAAGAGUCGUCGAGAAGAGCAGAAAGACGGUUUUGCAAUUGUGAUUGUUGUGUUGAACAAAGCGGACCUCGAGCCCGAGGCGAAUGUGCAUGAAGUGGCAAGUGAGGGCGGCUUAAUUGGCCACGAGAUUGCUCGGACGUCCGUCCGUCGACUCGACACACAAGCAUCACAUGUCGGCACACAUGCAAUCACACCUCGUGGGAGAAGUUGUCUGCCGGUUAGCCUGACACCCGCAUCACCCAUCCUCAGCCACGUAUGUGCACUAACCGACAAUGUCAUAUGA